CCGCGGGCCCAGGGCGGGGCGGCUCCGCUUUCGCUUUCGUUUGCCCGCGGCGGCGGGGCCGGGGCGGAGGCCGGAGCGGCGGGACCGGGCGGCGAGGGCCCGGUGUGGUGAAGCGCGGCAGCCGUCGCCGGGGCUCCCGGGAGGCCCUGCCGGUGUGGCGGGGCUCGGGCAGCCGCCCCCGCGGGCAUGGCGGGCCGCACGGUGCGGGUGCAGGGCUUCCCGGCCGAGCUGCCUCCCGACAGGGCGGCUGACAAGCUGACCAUUCACUUCCUGCGCUCCCGCAACGGCGGCGGCGACAUUGCCAACGUCCGGGUGCUGCCCGGCUCCCUGCCCUGCGCCCUCAUCACCUUCGAGGCGCCGGAAGUGGCCCAGAGGAUCUUGAAGGUGAAAAACCAUGUGCUGGCGAUUGGAAAGACACAGUACCCGCUGGAGGUGACGCCCCACGCUGCAGAGCUGAGCCCCAAUGAGAUCUUCAUACACAUGAGCAUGACAAUUGACUACAGCAAGCUGCCCACGGGCAAAACCCUCCUGAAGGACUUGCACAAAGAGUACAAAAAUAUACACUUCAGCUUUGACUCAAAGAAUAUGCAGUGCAUAGUCCAGGGGCCGUUCACUGAGCUGCAGACCUUCAGCAGAGAGCUGCUGGGCAGACUGAACCUCAAGAGAGAAGCCACUGGCCAGAUGGUCACACCAGCUUCCAGCUGUGGGGCCAAAGAGAUGGGAACGCCUGAUCACCAGCAAGUGCCUGACUCCACUGAAUCAGCACAGGAGACAGCAAAGCAGCCAGAUUUGGACCAGGUGCAAGAAAUGGCAGCUAAAGUCCCAUCACCUCAGAGCCCAGUGGGUGAGGAAGCUGCGGGACUUUUGGGGAAGCUGGAGGACUUUUCCCUCACAAUGGACUUGGACAUUUACUUGUACAUGCAGAGGUUCUGUGCUGCUGAGUUCCAGGGUGUGCUGCACCAACAUCACGUGGAUGUGGUGGAUGUCAGUGCUGAUGGCAUUGCUGUAGUGUACCUGCAGCCAUCUGGAGGUGUGUCUGGGGACACAGAUGCCUUGAGACAGGCCCGCCUGGCCCUGCAGCAGCUCUACCAGCAGCUGGAGGUGAGCCUGCACAAGGAGAAGAUUGCUAAGGAAGGGCUGGGAAUGGACAGCCAGGCAGUCAGGGCCGUGACACGUGAGCUGAAGGAGCUGUAUCCCCAGCUGCUCUGCCAUGAGGAUGUGAAGCAGCUUUAUCUUGUUGGAAACCUUGUUGAUGUGUCUAAGGCCAAGCAGUUCCUCGAGGAUUCGGUCACCGGGAGAGGUGCUGCACACACGGUUGACAUGCUGAGCAGUUCCCAGCCCUCUGGCACCACAGAGGCUGCAUUACACCUGGCCAAAUCUCCUGUGAAUACUUCAACCACAAGACUUAGCCCAAGCAAGUCAGAGCUGAAAGGUGAGCACAAGCUAGCUGCCAACUUCAGCACCCCAAAAGCUGACAAAUCUCAGGCUGCCCAGGGCUUCUUGGUGAAUCAGGACUCUCCAAUAAUGGGACAGGAACAGCUUUCUGGGAAACAUUCAUCAGAGAUAGAUGCUCCUGGUCAGAGUGACCCAAGGGCACUGACCCAGCAGUAUCAGCCUCCCACCCCUAUGACAAAUAAAGCUGUGGGGUCAGCAGCAGAGCCUCAGCAGAAUGACCCCACAGAAAGGGGCCAUGUGGAAGGAGGUGCCAGACUCAGAGGAGAAAAGAUGCUGUUGCCCUUUACAGGCAAAGAAAACAGCACUUCUCAGCAUCCUGAGGUCUCUAAAGGCUCAGGUCCAAUUGGCUACUGUCGCCCCUCCAGCAACUGUGAUGUGACAUGGACCUCUUUUGCUUCAGGCUGCAAACCCUCUGCAUCCAGGCCUGUGCUGCGACGCUCCAACAGCUUCUCCCUGACAAGGUUAAAGGAAAGCAGUAACUGUGGAGAGAUCAGCAUGGUGAGUGAGGAGAUAAGCCUGGACACUCUGCAGUGGUUUUACCUGAAAGAUGUCUGCCAUGCCACUAUUGAUGAGCUGUGCAGGGCUGGAGGGGUGCACAUCUUGGAGCGCCACGCUGGGGACUGCACAGUGCUGGUGCUGCAGGCAGAAGACAGGAAAAGGCUGCUCCAGGCCAAAUGGAAGGUGGAAGAUCUUGUGCAGAAGUGCCCUGACUUGGUGUGUCAGAGUGUGAGCUACUCAGAGCUUGCUGUCAGUGGUCCAGAUGACAGUGACCUGAGUGAACUGUGCAGCCUCUUGCGAGGAAAAUCCUUCCAGGUUGGACUCAGCAAAGACAAGUACAAGCUCUAUCUUGCCUGCCCCAAGGAGAUGCUGCCAGGAGUGACUGAGGCCUUCCACAUGUUUUCUUCCAGGAGGCUCUGUGCCAUGAAGUCUCCAUCCAUGUCUCCUGGACCAGAGAGAUCAAGUGUCAUCCAGCCAAGCAGAAGCCAGGACUCAGUGCUGGAUGUAGCCCUUCCUGGCAGCCUGAAUGCCCUACAGCACCUGAACAUCAUCGAUAAAAUAAACUCUACAGAUGUGCUCAGGGCUUCCUGGUUGCCAGAGACUAAGGAAAGGUCCCCCAGUCCUUGGAGGUACCAGCAGGCUUGGGGGCAGGAAGAGGCCACGGGCUAUAUUGAUUCUGGGUCUGGAAGAAGAGGAAGCAGCCUUCUGAACAUUAGUACAGGGGAUAAGCCAAGCCCUCCUAGCCUGAGGGAGUUCCAGGAACAGAUGAAGACAAAACUGGCUCUGGGGGAACCUGACAUCACCCAGCUAAAACAAGUCUUGCCAGACAGAUUCCAGUUUACAAGAGACAAGAGCAGAGGAGGCCACAAUGAAGCAAUGGGACAGCAGCACUGUCCAGUCCCUGUAGCUCAUGAAGCUCCUCACUCUCUGCACACCUGGCCACCCAGGGCCAUGGCUGCUGAGCCACCACCAGCUGUGGCCCAAGAGGCACCUACAGCAGAGCCCACAGACUGGGGAAGGGCCCAGCUCCCAGGGGGCAGGAGCAAUGAGCAAGAGGAGCCUGACCUCCCAUCACAGCAGAGAAGAGACCCCAGCCUUGGACAGGAAAGCAGCACCAUCCCUCUGGACCAGUGUUAUACUUGCAAGGGCUCAGGUGUGACCUGCCAGGGCUCCUGUGGUCACACCUUGUGCAGGACAUGUUUUGCAGUAGACAGUAUGCAGCCAGCUGGCUGUGAAUCCUUCUCAGCUGUCCCAAGCUACAGUAUCCCAGGGACACUGAAGAUCUCCUCCUUGUCUCAGAGCCUGCCUGGAUACUAUGGGGACACAACACUUCAGCUUGCUUACAGCAUGCCUGAUGGCGUGCAGAAGGCUGGGGACCCUCGCCCAGGACACCCUUACAAAGGGGGGAAUUUUUGUGCCUUCCUGCCUGAUAACAAGGAAGGGCUGAAGAUAGCAAGGCUGCUGAAGAAAGCAUUUGAAUGUGGACUGACAUUCCAGAUCAAGUCCUGCAAUGGAGAGGAAAGAGUAACAUGGGGCCCUAUCCCCCACAAAACCUCCUGGGAGGGAGGCAAAGCCAGGAAUGGCUACCCAGAUGCUCAGUACCUCCAUGAGGUUGGCACAGUUCUCAAUAAACUGGGCCUCAUGUGAUUCUCCCACAGCCACAGCCUGUGGCUUCCCUUCACCUUCCCUUCUUGCUGAGAAAACUGCAGCUUAACAGAGACAGCUCAGGAAAAAGCAGGUGUUUAUUGAAGGAGCUUCUGCUUUCCCCACAUGUAGCCAGACCAUUGCACAUUAGCAAAGAGCAGCACCUCUGUCCCUGCCCCAUGGAGGCCCCAGCAUGGAGCUGAAACUUCACUGAAACUCCAGCUCCUCUUGGAUGCAUGUCCUGAAAUCACAGAGCUGAUUGCAGCCUGAGCCCUGUUUGGCUUUCAGUAGCAGACACAAACCUGGGCAAGAGUCUGCACCUCAUCCAGCCCCAGCUUCUGGAAGUCUCUUCCACCUCCUGCCACAACAGAGAGGUUCCAGCUCAGCUGCUGCCAGAGCUGGGGUUGGAGAUGAGCUGUCCUUAGUGUCAGCUCUCAGGCCCCCAGCCCCAUGCUCCAGCCCCUCCCCAGCCCCUGCUCUGAGGCCAGCAGGUGACCUGGUGCUCUCUUGAGGAGAACAUGAACAGCUUUCAGCAGCCACAGCAGCUGCCUGCCUGGGACAGUCUCUAUGCUGACAAAUAAAUAGGAUUUAUUCUCAUGUUUGGUAGUGGCUGUUCAUGCCUUGUCUUACCCUCAGCUCAGGCACCCACUUCAGUCCCACCUGGCUACUGAGACACCCAGAUAUGAAGUGCAGAGCCCAGGUAAAGGCUUCACAAACAAAAAAUCACCAUGGCUGCCCUCCAGGAUUAGUGUCAGGAAC